CUUGGGCGCAUGGAGAUCGGAACCCCGGUGUGGGUCCUCGCCGAGGACUGGGUCUGGCGCCGGGCCGUGGUCCAUGCGACGACGCCGACGAGCCUCGGCUGUCGGCUCACGGACGCCAUCGACGAGGCCUCGCGCGUCCUCGCCUUCCCGGCGUCGGCCGUCGGUAGCAAGGUCUUUGUCUGCAACCCGAUCGAGCAGCGCGAGCUUGGCGUCGAGGACCUCACGGCGCUCGUGCACCUGCACGAGCCUGCGAUCCUGCAUACGCUCAAGGUGCGCUUUAUGAAGCGAGAGAUCUACACGAGCACGGGCUCGAUCCUUGUCGCGGUCAACCCGUUCCAGGCGCUCUCACUCUACGACGAGCCGAUCAAGGCGCGCUACAUUGCGCAUGGCAGCCGCGCUGCCAACGGCGAAAAGCUCGCCCCGCUACCACCGCACGUGUAUGCGGUCUCGGACAAGGCCUUCCGCGACAUGAACAUGCCCACCGACGCGACCUGCAACCAGAGCAUCCUCGUCAGCGGCGAGUCGGGCGCGGGCAAGACCGAGACGACCAAGAUCAUCAUGAACUACCUCGCGUCCGUCUCGUCGGCCACGACCAACGAUACGCACAUUCCUGAGCGUGAGAACGUGCGCAACCGCGUGCUCGAGUCCAAUCCGAUCCUCGAAGCCUUUGGCAACGCCCGGACCAACCGCAACAACAACUCGUCGCGCUUUGGCAAGUUCAUUCGCCUCGGCUUUGACCGCAGCGGGUCGCUUCUUGGCGCGUCCAUCUCGACGUACCUCCUCGAGCGCGUCCGGCUCGUGUCGCAGUCAAUCGGCGAGCGCAACUACCACAUCUUUUACGAGCUCUUACGUGGCGCAACGCCCGACGAGCUCGCUGCGCUGCGCUUGACGCGCAUCGAGGACUACAAGUACCUCAACAGCAGCCAGUGCUACGACCGUCGCGACGGCGUCGACGACGGCGACCAGUACACCAAGACGCGCCACGCCAUGACAACGAUCGGCAUGGCGGAUGACGAGCAGUGGAGCGUGCUCGAGCUCGUGGCCGCGGUGCUGCAUCUGGGCAACGUCGAGCUCGUCAAGAAGGGCGGUGAAGAGAGCCAAUGCAGCGACGGGAGCGCGCCGCUGCUCUCGACGCUGGCGACCCUCCUUGGCAUCGACGCGAGCAUCAUUGAGAAAGGCCUGACGACCAAGAAAAUCAAGGUCGGUGGCGAGGUCAUCACCAAGGGGCUCACGGUGCUCGAAGCGGCGACCAGUCGCGACGCGGUGGCCAAGACCAUCUAUGCCCGUGUGUUCGACUGGCUCGUCGACCGCAUCAACCAGAGCAUCAGCUACGACGCGUCAGCGUCCGUCCAAAGCGCGCACUCGCGCUUCAUCGGCAUUUUCGCGACCAACUCGCUCGAGCAGCUCUGCAUCAACUUUGCCAACGAGAAGCUCCAGCAGCUCUUCGCCAAGUACGUGUUCGAGAUGGAGCAGAAGGAGUACGCGGCCGAAGCGAUUCCGUGGACGUUUGUCGAGUACCCGAAUAAUGACGCGUGCGUGGCCAUGUUUGAGGCGCGGCCCAUCGGUCUCUUCUCGCUGCUGGACGAGCAGUGCGUUAUUCCCAGAGGCAACGACGCGGCGCUGGCGGCCAAGUACUACGACGUGUUUUCUUCGCACGCGCACCUAUCGUCGACCAAGCUCCAGCGCGGGCAGACGCAGUUUACGAUCGCGCACUACGCCGGCGACGUCGUCUACACGGCGACGGGGUUCAUUGAGAAGAACAAGGACAGCGUGCACGUCGAGGCCCUCGAGCUCCUCGGCACCUCAUCCAAGGCGUUCGUGACGCACCUAUUCGCAGGCGACGGGUCGCUGCGCCGGUCCACUGCGCUGUCGCUCAAGGCCGACUCGCCGCCGCGCCGGUCGACGAACGCGGCGUCCUCGGUCGUCCUCAAGUUCAAGUCGGAGCUCUCGACGCUGCUGGAGCUCCUGCACGCGACCGUGCCGCACUUCAUCCGGUGCAUCAAGCCCAACGACGAGCUCGACCCGCACGCGUUUGACGACGUGCGGGUCGUCGAGCAGCUGCGGUGCUCGGGCGUCCUCGAAGCCGUCAAGAUCUCCCGGUCCGGGUACCCCGUGCGCAUGCUCCACUCCACGUUUCUGCAGCACUACCGGUGUCUCUCGCCCAGCGCCGCCAUGUCGUUGGAACUGCUCUUGCUGACGCUGCUGCCGACGCCUAACGCGUUCCGCGUCGGGUUGACCAAAGUGUUUUUACUCCAAGGUGCGUACGAAGACCUGAACCGGUGCAAGAUCCACGUCCAGGCGUCGGCCGUGCUCUGCCUCCAGCGUUACGCCCGCGGCCUCCUCGCUCGGACUCGGUACCACCGACAAGUGGCCGCGAUCCGAACGCUGCAGCGGGCCGUGCGCCGGCGCCGGGCACUGCAGCACGCCCGCCGGCGCCAACGCCAGUCGCGUGGCAGCGUCUGCAUCCAGGCGCAUUGGCGCGGGUACCGCGCGCGGUCCGUGCACCAGUGCCGCGUGCGGGCCGUGCGCCUCUUGCAGCGGAUGUGGCGCGGCCACCGCGGCCGGGUCUCGGCGGCGCAGAUGCGGCGCCAGCUCCAAGCCGAAGCCAUCAUCGAGCGCGCGCUGCUCAAGCAAAAGGCCGACGAAGAAGCCAACCGACUGAAGAAGGCACGCGAGAUGGAGAUCAAGGCCGCGGCGCUCAUUCCGCUUGGGACCGACCCGGCGUUCUCGGCCAAGAUGGGGCCGCUCUUGCCGGCGCUCGGGCGACCGCUGCUCCAGACGCCCGUGGUCUUUGAAGAGUUUAGCUCGUCGGACGAAGAGGACGACGGUGGCGUCGCGAAGGGCGGUCGUCGGUCGUCGUCGACGGCCUCGACGCAAGAGUCCAAGUCGACGACGUCGGAAAACGAGUACGAGAUCAACUGGGAGUGCGGCAUGCUCGGCCUCUACUUUGAGAGCGACGAGGUCUCCGGUCUCCCGGUCGUUCGCCGCGUGCACGAGACGCUGAGCACGUGCGCCGACAUUUUCGACGUCUCGCCGGGCGACAUCCUCCUCUCGGUGGGCGGGAAGCGCGUGCACAACAACGACAUUCGGCACAUUCUGCGGCUGCUCCAAGACAUUGACAAGCCGGUCGCUUUGCGCUUCCAGCGGACGACCAACUCGGAGACGGUCCGCGAGCCGUCGCUCAUGAGCGACGAGUACGAAGUGCUCUGGCGCGACAACGUGCCCCUCGGUCUUGGCUUCAAGCCCGACAAGAAGAAGGAGAUGCCAAGCGUCUCGAAAUGCCGGGGCAACCCGCAGAUUCCCGGCAUGUUCAACGUCCGGCUCGGCGACUACCUCACUGCGAUCAACGAGAUCUCGACGUACCGCGUCGAGUUUGCGCGCGUCAUCAAGCUCCUCGAGGACGGGCCGCGGCCCGUCGUGCUGCGCUUCAUGCGCGCGGACCUCGACGAUGCCCUACUCGAGUCGUCCCGCGCCAGCGAGGCGUCGACGCGCGAGAGCAGCUUCCGCUUCAGCCGCAUGUCGACCAUGAGCCUCAACCCGAAGCGCGACGACUCGCUCUACAACAUUACAUGGAAGGAAGAGGAUGGCGCGCUCGGCCUCGUCGUCAAGCAAGCUCUGUCGAGUUUUUACCCCGAGGUGACCAAGGUCAAGCCCGAAGGCGCGAUUCUGCGGCAACCCAACAAGGUGCAGAUCGGCGACCUCCUCAUUAGCAUCAACAACAACAACAUCUCCAAGAUGGGCUUCCGGAACGCGAUGCAUUUGCUGCAAAUUGGCCCGAAACCCGUGCUCUUGACCUUCCAGAAGCAGGGCCGCGCGUCCCACGUCGGCGUGCCCGCCAGUAUUUAG